UCGUGAAUCUGAUUGCUGCUGAUGCUUUUUCUUAACCGUGUGUCGUUUUUCUGGAAACCCCAGAAUUACUAAAUAUUAAACGGUGCAAUGGACACAGUUACACUUCCCAGCAACAAUACGACAAAGUUUUGUAGGUUGUGUCUCUCGCAAAUCAACUUGCUCAAGGUGAUCGAACGUAAUGCGACGGAUCAGGCCAGCAAUGCGCACCUCCUCGAUUUGAUCCGUACCCAUAUCUCGCUGCCGCUGGACAAGCAAAAGGAUUUCCCCUGUGCGGUGUGUGAAAUGUGUAUUACUUUACUGAACGAGGUUAGCGUUUUGCAUAAAAAUGCUCCAAGGUACAGUGCGGCGUUGAGGGAAGUUUUACAACAAUCCUCACCGAUGUCAAAACUGGUUCGUCACCCCGAGACAAACGUCCAGUCUGCAGACGAAUCUACCGUUAAGGAAGAAAACUCCCUAGUGGAAAUUUACGAUGGGCUCUCGUACAAUGUUAUCAAAACCGAACAAGAACUGCACGACGAGAAUAAGCGUAUCUUGUUGGAACAUGAAAUUGUACUGGAAGAGUUCGACAUAACGGAACUUCCAAAUGACGCAGAGAAGAACUUCAAUAUUUACGCCCUCGGCGAUGGAUCACAGGAACCCAUCGUGGAGAACCACGGUCAAGUGGUUGUGAAUAUGUCAGAUGAACAAACGGCAGCAUUUGUUAAACAACAAGAGCUUCCCAAGGAACAGCCAAGAAAGCAUCUCGUCGCUCAGAUCGGUAGGAAACGACUUAUUCCCUUCCAACGUCCGCUAAACAUUGCUCAUCCCACUACGCCAGAAGUACCUCUUCCUAUCAAACUAGAACCAGCAUUACUUAGCACGCCUCAACCACUGCCACGCAAAGCCCUGACGCUAAAUUCAGCCCAGCCGACAGCGGCGCAAGAGGUUCUGGAAGAUACGGCUCAAUCGAAACCACCCGCCAAGCAGCUGUUUCGGUGCGACAGCUGUUCGAGCCGCUUCGUGGAGCUGUCGAACUACUAUAACCACUCUUGCAAGAAACCGUACAAAGAGAUUAAGUUCAAUCGCAAUGUGCGCUCCGUGCCGGUAGACAUCGAUAUCCAGAAAUAUCGGUGUAGGGCGUGCAAUGCCGGUUACCGGAGCUUGUUUCAUUUCAAUAAGCACCAGUACGAACUGCACGGCAUCUGCAGCGAUGACUUUGGUCUUAAGUGCACCAUUUGCACCAUGCAAUUCUCUCAGAGGCAAGAUUACGAGCUGCAUGUGAAAGCGAUGCAUCCGAAGGAUAUGGAGUUUACUAUCGAUCUGAACACGGGCGAAACGCGGGUUUGGAAACGGGUGGUGAAACAUUAACAGAAGCUCUCGGUGGAAGCAGGGCAUCAAGCACGUAUUGGGAGGUGUUGAACUGACGCUUGUAAAAGAUAAUUUGCGUUAAACAAUGAGCUAGAUGUUAGAGAUAGUGAUUAUUUAAUAAAUGUGUGCACUUUUAUGU